AUGUUAGGAGAUAAUUUUGCCAAAAAAUUGGAGUCGAUACCUCUAUCAAAUGAUACCGUCGAACUGAUGAUACAGCUGAAGAUGUACAGCAUCAGCUUACUCGGGAAGUUGCGAGACAAUAGUGAAGAACUCCUUUUCUGCAAACCUAUAGAACUCAAAGCAACAGCUCUCGCACUAUUUGCUAUCUUAAAUGAUUAUAUAAUCGAGGGAAACAUAGAUUGGAAGAAUUGCGUCGGAAUAUGCACCGAUGGAGCUCGUUCAAUGUCCGGAAGAUUCGAAAGUAUACAAGCCCUUGUAAAACAAAAAUCUGCACUGUGCAUCUGGACACAUUGCAUGAGUCACAGAGAGACUUCCAAAGAAACGUCUCCUGGCCUGAAUAUCGUGCUAACUACAGUUGCAACGGUAGUUAAUUACAUAAAAAUGAGACCUCUGAAAACUAGAAUCUUUUCUGCACUUUGUAAAGAUAUGGGUGCAGUACAUUUAGCAUUACUAUUCUAUUGCGAGGCAAGAUGGUUAUCACGUGGGAAAUGUUUACAACGUGUUUUUGAAUUGAAACAUGAAAUCGCCGUUUUUCUAGCCGACAUGUUUCGAGAUGGUUUAUUUCUGAUGAAAUUGAGCUACUUGGUCGACAUAUUCGAGUAA